CUCCAUUUCUUCAAACUUUAGCCGAUCAGUGUCCUCCACAAGAAAAAAAAAAUUAUAUCACAGCACGAAUAGUAAAAAACAAACCCCUCGUCGUGAUCAAACGCAUUAAGAAAUCAAGAAAAGGUUUUCUUUUCUUUCUUUCUUCUUCGAGCCCGGCCAUCCACCACACCCAUCUUCUCCGGCCCCGUUGAAUUGUCCCGCUCCGAUACGCGCUAGCUAAGCUCUUCUCCGGCGAGACACGUGCGUCCGUACACGAGUGGUCUCCUCCCCGCAGGGCCGAGGAGAUCUCUCGGGGCCUCGGGGACUGGGGCGUGCAUGAUGGGGCUUUCGCUGUCUCCGAUGAAGAUCUCGACGAGGCUUCUGUGGAGCACCAGCUUCUUCCGCCACAAGAUGGCCGCCAUGAUCGCCUCCUCCUCCUGCUUCUUAUAAGAUCCCCUCGGCCGCCGCAGCAGCUGUACAUAUUCUCUUUCGUUUCGCCAGACGACACACGAGCUAGCUCGAUCUUGAAGCUUUGGUUCGCAUGGAGCCCGGCCGGCUCAUCUUCAACACGUCGGGCUCCGGCGCCGGGCAGAUGCUCUUCUUGGACUGUGGCGCGGGCGGCAUCGGCGCCGGGGGCGCAGCAGCAGCCGCCAUGUUCCAUCAUCGAGGUGGGAGACCGGUGCUGGGCAUGGAAGAAGGGCGCGGCGUAAAGCGGCCCUUCUUCACCUCGCCCGACGACCUGCUGGAGGAGGAGUACUACGACGAGCAGCUCCCGGAGAAGAAGCGCCGCCUCACUCCGGAGCAGGUGCAUCUGCUGGAGAAGAGCUUCGAGGAGGAGAACAAGCUGGAGCCGGAGCGGAAGACGGAGCUGGCGCGCAAGCUGGGGCUGCAGCCGCGGCAGGUGGCCGUGUGGUUCCAGAACCGGCGCGCCCGCUGGAAGACCAAGACGCUGGAGCGCGACUUCGACCGCCUCAAGGCCUCCUUCGACGCCCUCCGCGCCGACCACGACGCCCUCCUCCAGGACAACCACCGCCUCCGCUCCCAGGUGGUAACGUUGACCGAGAAGAUGCAAGAGAAGGAGGCGCCGGGACCGGCAGGCGGCGCGGCCAUGGACGCCUCGGAGCAGCUGCAGCCUCCGGAGGACCAGGCCAAGGCGUCCGUUGACGCAGAGGAGCAGAUGGCCGCGGCGGAGGCGUUCGACGAGGCGCUGCUGCUGCAGCAGGUGAAGGCGGAGGACCGGCUCAGCACGGGCAGCGGCGCCGGGAGCGCGGUGCUGGACGCGGACGCGCUGCUCGCCGUGGUCGACAGCAGCGUCGAGUCCUACUCCUACUUCCCCCCGGGCGGCGCCGCCGACGAGUACCACCACGACUGCGUCAUGGGCGGCGCCGGUGGGAUCCAGUCCGAGGAGGACGACGGCGCGGGCAGCGACGAGGGGUGCAGCUACUUGCCCGACGACGACGCAGGCGUCCUCUUCGGCGCCGGCCAUGGGCACCACCAUGCGGAGGACGAGGAGGAGGACGGCGGCCAGAUCAGCUGGUGGAUGUGGAACUGGUCAACUAGCUAGAUCCCCCCCUCGAAUCGAACGUUCUCGCCGUUACUCUCGCGCGUAAAAUCGAAAACGGUCUCUCGCGCGCGUAUGAUCAGUAAAAAAAAGAAGAAACAAGUCGGUCGUGGCUUUUGUUUUCUCUCCUUGUGACAAUUGGGGUCGAUCGCUGCGAAGAUUAAGUGUUGUAUCUUUAUUGUAUGCAUGUGCAUUGUACUACGGGGUUAAUUAGGGUAAUAUCGAUCUAUCGGUGGUAGUAAAAUUAUCUGUCGUGGUGUACGAGAAUAAGUGCACGGAGACAAGCUAGCAAACCUUUUUAUGGCACACGGUUGUCAUGUCGAACGAGAAGUUCAAUUAGCCGCCGUCAGUUAAUCACCAUGCGUCUCGUCCUCUGUGUUAUGUCAAGAUCAAAUCCAGGAAGAACUGGUUCAAUAUUAUCUGUAUAUGCGUGCUUAUCCUA